GCUUAAAUGGUUAGGGUUUAAGAGUGUACCAUCGAGACAGAAACAGCGAUAAACCCUCGACCUGGGUUUUCUUCUCCAUUUCCUCUGUGAGAGAGGUGAGUGCAGUAGAAGGGUAGAGGAGAGCUGAAGGUUCUUUGAUGGCGAUCGAAUGAAAUCUUCAUUUAGUACAAGUUCAAACGCUCGUUUAGCUCCAUCCAUGGCUUUCUCUACCAGACUCCGUCUCACCGCCUCUUAUAUCUCGCGUUACCGGCUCGCAUUUCCCGUCGCUUCAAGUUGCCGCCUCUUCUCUGGGCCCCGUCACGGUUUCUCAGAGCUUCGUUUCCUCUCAAAUUCCCCUUCUAGGCUCGUUCGCCCUGUGAGAGCCAGACGCAGAGAAGAGUCCGAUAGUGAGGGAAAAGACGAGGGAGGGGAAGGAAAUGGGAGUUUGCUUGUGAAGGAUGAUGCUAAGGAAGUACGGAUUGUUCCGAUCGAACUUCACAAGGAGGCAACCGAAGCCUACAUGGCGUACGCCAUGUCGGUGCUGUUAGGCAGAGCGUUGCCGGAUGUUCGUGAUGGAUUGAAGCCAGUGCACCGUCGAAUCCUAUUUGCGAUGCAUGAACUAGGCCUUUCAUCUCGGAAACCAUUCAAGAAAUGUGCCAGAGUUGUUGGAGAAGUUCUUGGUAAGUUCCAUCCGCACGGAGACACUGCCGUUUAUGAUUCUUUGGUGCGAAUGGCACAGGAUUUUUCUAUGCGUUGCCCUCUUGUUCGUGGGCAUGGGAAUUUUGGGUCAAUUGAUUCGGAUCCUCCUGCUGCCAUGCGUUACACAGAGUGCAGAUUGGAAGCGCUCACAGAAGCAAUGCUCUUGGUGGAUUUAGAUCAAGAUACGGUUGAUUUUGUUCCGAACUUUGAUAAUUCACAAAAGGAACCAUCUCUUCUGCCAGCUCGGAUCCCAACUUUGUUAUUGAAUGGUUCUUCUGGGAUUGCGGUUGGAAUGGCGACCAACAUCCCUCCUCACAAUCUGGGAGAGUUGGUGGAUGCGCUCUCUGUGUUGAUUCACAAUCCUGAUGCCACGCUCCAAGAACUGUUGGAAUAUAUGCCGGGACCUGACUUUCCAACUGGAGGAAUAAUCAUGGGUAACAUUGGUAUCUUAGAAGCGUACAGGACUGGACGUGGACGUGUAGUUGUUAGAGGAAAGACUGAUGUGGAAUUGCUUGAUGCUAAGACAAAGCGUGCUGCAAUCAUUAUCAAGGAGGUCCCAUAUCAGACUAACAAAUCUGCACUAGUGGAAAAAAUUGCUGAACUCGUGGAAAAUAAGAUUUUGGAAGGCAUUAGUGAUAUUCGUGAUGAAAGUGAUCGCAAUGGAAUGCGCAUAGUCAUAGAAUUGAAAAGGGGAUCAGAUCCUUCCAUUGUUCUCAACAAUCUGUAUCGCCUUACUGCUCUUCAGUCGAGCUUUAGCUGUAACAUGGUGGGUAUACUUGGAGGGCAACCAAAACAGAUGGGAUUGAAAGAAUUACUUCAGGCAUUCCUGGACUUUAGAUGUUCUGUGGUUGAGAGGCGUGCUAGGUUUAAACUUUCCCAAGCUAAAGAAAGGAAACAUAUUGUAGAGGGUAUUAUUGUGGGACUUGAUAAUUUGGAUGGUGUGAUUCAUAUAAUUAGGGAGACCUCAAGUAACACAAUGGCAUCAUUGGCUUUGAGAAAUGAGUAUGGGUUGUCUGAGAAACAAGCUGAAGCUUUGUUGGACAUAACCCUUAGAAAGCUUACUUCUCUAGAGAGGAAAAAAUUUGUUGGUGAAAGUUUAUCCUUGAGAGAACAAGUUUCUAAGUUAGAUGCACUCUUGUCAAGCAAAAGACAAAUAUUGCAGUUAAUAGAACAAGAAGCUAUUGAACUAAAGAACAGAUUUCCUACUCCAAGGCGUUCGUUGCUGGAAGAUGCUGAUAGUGGUGAAUUAGAAGACAUAGAUAUCAUCCCAAAUGAAGAAAUGCUCCUGGCUCUUAGUGAAAAAGGCUACAUGAAGCGGAUGAGGCCCAACACGUUUAAUCUUCAAAAUCGCGGAACAAUUGGAAAAUCCGUUGGGAAAAUGAGGGUAAAUGAUGCCAUGUCUGACUUCAUUGUUUGUCAUGCCCAUGAUCAUGUCCUUUUUUUCAGUGAUAGGGGAAUAGUAUACUCGGCCCGAGCCUAUAAAAUCCCAGAAUGCAGCAGAACAGCUGCUGGCACACCUCUGGUCCAGAUAUUAUCCUUAUCGGAUGGGGAGAGAAUAACUUCCAUCAUUCCGGUAGGCGAGUUUCCAGGAGAUCAAUAUCUAGUUAUGCUUACAAUUUAUGGGUACAUCAAGAAAGUAUCUUUAAACCUUUUCUCAGCAAUCAGAUCAACAGGAAUCAUAGCGAUUCAGCUGGUUCCAGGUGAUGAGCUAAAAUGGGUUCGUUGCUGCACAAACGACGAUCUUGUUGCAAUGGCUUCUCAAAAUGGGAUGGUUAUUUUGAGUUCCUGUGAAACU